AUGGGUGCCUCAAGCUUCGACGUAUGGAUCUCCGAGCCCGCUUCCGUCUCCGAGCGGCGUUCACGGCUUUUAAACGAAAUAGGUCUCAGCCGCGAACCCCUUCACUCCCGGUUGAAACCCGUCUCCGAUCCCAGCUCCAGAGAUGCCGGAGCCCCCGACAUUUCCCGAUCGACCUCGUGUAAUCAAUUGGCUCGGCGAGAUCACGGAGAGUGCUCGGAAACUGUCGGCGGCAGUGCUUCUUCGUUCAUCGGGAGAUCGAAAUCCGACAUCACCACUGGCCAAUGCGGCGAUCGAUAUCCUCCUCCGCCGGGUAAUUCUUGUUCUUGCUCCGACUCUACACUUUCUCUUCCCCAUUCACAUUCUGAGAUCUGUAGAACAACGCCGCCAUUUGUAAAUUGCAACAAUAUUGCUCACAAUCGUGAUGAUAACGAUUCUUCAAUGCUUUGUGAGAGCUCAAUGGAUCCAUUGCGAGUAAAUGGAAGCUCUGAUUGUGUGUUGAGAAACUCUAGUGAGAGUGUAGUAGUCAACGAGGAAGUGGAAGUGUGUACUAUUAAGAAUCUGGAUAACGGGAAAGAGUUUGUGGUGAAUGAGAUUCGAGAGGACGGUACAUGGAAGAAGGUGAAAGAAGUAGGAACUGACACGCAAAUGACGAUGGAGGAGUUCGAGAUGUGUGUGGGACACUCUCCAAUCGUUCAGGAGCUUAUGAGAAGACAAAACGUGGAGGAUUCCGAUAAGAACGCAUCAACGAGGACCAAGGAGAACGAGGACAGUAGUGGGAAUAAAUAUCACACGUUGAAGUCUAAGAAGAAAGGAAGUUGGUUCAAGAGCAUAAAGAUUGUUGCAAGCAGCAUGACUGGUCACAGCAAAGAGAGACGAAGCAGCGAUGAUAAAGACACAUCGUCGGAGAGAGGUGGUCGGAGGUCAAGCUCAGCUACAGAUGAUUCUCAUGAGUCUUCUUUCCACGGGCCGGAGAGAGUUAGGGUGAGGCAGUAUGGGAAGUCGUCUAAAGAGCUCACGGCAUUGUACAAGACGCAGGAGAUUCAAGCGCAUAAUGGCUCUAUUUGGAGCAUUAAGUUUAGUUUGGAUGGUAAGUAUCUUGCUAGUACUGGUGAGGAUUGCAUCAUUCAUGUUUGGCAAGUCGUUGAGGCUGAGAAGAAAGGAGAGUUGUUACUGGAUAGACCUGAGUUGCUGCUUCUGGCUAAUAACGGGUCUCCAGAGCCAACUACUAUGUCGCCGAGGAGAAGAGGGAGGACGUCAAUAAGUAGAAAGUCAUUGAGUUUGGAGAACAUAUUUGUUCUGGAUUCUGUUUUCGGGCUCUCGGAGAAACCCUUUUGUUCCUUCCAGGGACAUAUUGAUGAUGUGCUUGACCUUGCUUGGUCCAAGUCUCAGCAUUUGCUUUCUUCAUCAAUGGAUAAAACAGUUCGUUUGUGGCACUUGUCAAGCCAGACUUGCUUGAAAGUAUUCUCUCACAGUGAUUACGAUACUUCAUUCAGUGGAUCUUUAGAUGCAAAAGUCCGCGUCUGGAGCAUUCCUGAUCGUCAAGUUGUUGACUGGUAUGAUCUUCAUGAGAUGGUCACUUCUGCUUGCUUCACUCCAGACGGUCAGGGUGCGUUGGUUGGUUCAUACAAAGGAAUCUGUCGCAUGUACAGUGCAUCAGAUAACAAGUUUCAACAGAAAAGCCAAAUAAAUUUACAGAACAAGAAGAAGAAAGCUCAUCAGAAAAAGAUAACUGGUUUCCAGUUUGUGCCUGGAAGCUCAUCUGAAGUGCUUGUGACAUCUUCCGAUUCACGGAUCCGCAUUGUUGAUGGAACCGAUCUGGUUAACAAACUUAAAGGGUUUCGGAAUACGAGCAGCCAGAUCUCUGCGUCGAUCACAGCAGAUGGGAAAUACGUAGUUUCAGCGAGCGAAGACUCACACGUGUACAUAUGGAAGUACGAGUCCCAUGCUUCUCGACCGAGCCGGAGCAGUAGCAACAAGAACGUGACGGUGACAAACUCUUACGAGCAUUUCCACAGCCAAGACGUCUCUGCGGCCAUCUCAUGGCCCGGGAUGGCCUCGAUGCAUCCGCCUACACCUGUGGAUCAUCAGCUUGGGGCUCUCGAUAGAUUGAACAGUCCACGGAACGGUAUCAUUUUGAGCGCGACGAACAGAUACUUUUUCGAUAGAAUGUCUGUCGUUGGAACCAUUGGAAUCAUUGGAAGAGACAACGAUAUAGAGUUGAAGAUGUAUUCUCUUUGUUGUAUGGCGACGUGA